AGAGCUCCGCAGGUGCUCAAGGGGUGGGGGGGCGCCACCGCCUCAAGGGACGCCCGCUCUGGCGCCUGCGCGCCCGCGAGUCGGCGCCGCUCGCCGCGGCGCUGCCCAGGGGCGCGGGCUCCCGCCUGGGCCUUCCCGUCCGCCGAGCCCCCGGCAGGCGCCACUCCGUUGGGAGCCGAUGGCCUCGGGCCCCGGCCUGGGCCUGGGCGCUGUGCACCCGCUGGGGGUGUACCCGCUGGGGAACUCUCUGCUGGACCCGGACGCAGGCCGCCGCCGCCGCCAGGGCCUGGGCCGCCUCGGCCGCCUCGGCGACGAGCUGCUGCUGGGCGUGCUGCGCGCGCUGCCGGCCGACGCGUGCGCGCGGGCGUCGGGCGCGUCCGCCACGCUCCGUGCCUUCGCGGGCCAUGAGGAGCUCUGGCGGGCCCUCUGCCUGCGCGAGCUGGCGCGCGGCGGCCGCCUGCACUGGCCGCGCGCCUGCGGCACGUGGCGGGGCGCCUUUGCGGCCAGCUGGGGCGGCGGUCCGCGGGAGCCGCGCGCCGCGGCCGCGCGCGGGGAGGCCGCCCGCAUCUACAGCGACACGCUUUACCGGAGCUUCUUCUUCGCGUCUGUGAACUUGGACCCCAAGUGGCUUGCCUGCAGCAACUUGGAGCGCGUCGAUGCACAGAAGAUCUCGGUACAAGACUUCGUCGCCCGAUACGAGCGCCAGAGCUGCCCGGUCUUGCUGGCGGGGGCGGCGGCGGGCUGGGCCGCCGCAGAGACAUGGUCGCGAGAGCAGCUCCUGCAGCGAUUCGGCAGCGUGGACUUCACCUGCGGCCCCUGCGACUUGCCCUUGCGGGAGUUCUUCGCCUAUGCCAGUCAGAACUCCGACGAUGUCCCGCUGUUCGUCUUCGACAAGCGCUUCUCGUCGCGGGCACCGGCGCUGCUCGAGGAUUACCAGGUCCCAGAGGCGUUCCGGGGCAGGGACCUCUUCGACCUGCUCCCCGCGCAGGCACGACCGGAUUUCAGGUGGCUCCUGAUCGGGGGCAGGCGCACCGGCUCCAAGUGGCACUGCGACCCCAACAAGACCUCCGCGUGGAACGCGGUGGUGCGCGGCCGCAAGCGGUGGCUGCUGCUCCCGCCGGGCUGCCCUCCGCCCGGCGUGCACCCGUCGAAGGACGGCGCAGAGGUGACCCAGCCCGUCAGCCUCAUCGAGUGGUUCACUAAUUUCUACGGGGAGCUCCGGCGGCUGGCAGACACCAACCCUGCGUGGGACCUGAAGGAGGGCGAGUGCGGGCCUGGGGACGUCGUCUUCGUGCCCUGCGGCUGGUGGCACUGCGUUCUCAACCUGGAGGACGCCCUGCACGUUCUGGUCAAACUCGCAGUGGCAGACGCGUGGCUUGUUUUAGAGGACGCGUACACAGCGGGCAUCCCGUAUAGGCUGGAGCUGCUCUGGCGGGGCGGGAGCUCGGGGGACGCCGAGGACGGGCUGGCCGUGGCGGCGUACAGGCCGCGUCGUUACCUGCAGCGGCGCGUCCCAGAUGAGAUCGAGACCGUGCUCGGGACGAUCGGCCAGGAGGACUUGGCGAUGGUCCAGCAGACGUUUGGCUCCCAGCUCCUCGACCUGCCCGGAUUCGCAGAGUGCAUCGUGACGACCGGCACCUACGACAGGGACCAGGUGCUGUCGUUCGUGGGCGGCAUCGUGGACCUCUUCCUGGAGGUGGCGCGCUCGCAGGCCCGGCGGGCGGCGGCGCCCACGGCGGCGCUGAGCUGGGCGCAGCUGAUGAACCACCUCAUCGAGUGCCCGGAGGUGACCAACUUCCAGGGCUCCGAGGCCACCAGCGCGCUCGCGGCCCGAGCGCAGGCCGGCGAGCGGGGCCCGGAGAAGCUGCCCCAGGUCUUCCGCAAUGCGUACGUGGACUGCGCCAAGCACCAGGGGACAGAGUCGGUGUAUCUCUGGUCCCCGCACGCAGCGUGCGAGGCGCCCAAGCAGGUGACGCCGACACUCCCCCCGGACGUGUUCGGGGAGGGCUCCAAGGCGCUUUGGAGCGUGCUCGCCGUCGCGUGGGACCCCGAGUUCCAGGACCUCGUGGCCCUGCUCAGUAACCGCAUCAUGGUCGUCUUCCGGCUGCGGAACCGCGAGAAGGGCCAGUUCCAGCAGAAGCGGGAGUUCCGCUUCCAUUCGGCUCGAGAGAAGGACGAUCACGGAUUGCACGGUCCGGGAGAAGGCCAGCUGGAUGGAAAGCAGGGGCGUUUAGGCCGGCCGCUUGCGCCCGGAGAAGGCCGGCCCCUCGGCCCCGGAGAGGGGCGGCGGGAGAAGGCUUUCACGUGGUCGCUGUACCUCACGGCCAUCGACCCGCGCACGGGGGAGGACAUCCGCUCGCGGAGCCAGGCCAGCCGCGACAGGAGCGCGCGCAAGAAGAAAGUGGACGACGAGCAGGCCAUGCGCAAGCAGAAGAGGGACGAGCGCCUCGCUGCGGACGCGUCCACCCAGCUCGACAUCUGGUUCCUUCGCCCUGGCUCGUUCUCCGACAAGGAGUUGCCCCCCUUCAAGGUGCUGAACGAGCACACCAGGACCGUCACGUCCCUCAUGGAGAUCGGUAGGAUCAAGUUCACAACCACGUCCCUCGAUCGCACGGUCGUCCUCUGGGACAACAGGAGCCUGACCAUGGAGGUGAGGAUCGCGGAUCACGAGCGGUCUGUGCUAUCCCAGGCGUAUUUGUCCAACUACGCGAGCCUUGUGACCAUCGGCUGCGAGAGGCGGGUGUACGUGUGGUCCAUCGACUCGACCACCUACCGCGGCCCGCGCGCGAAGCUGUCCCAGCACCAAGCGAACGUGCUCCAGGUGUCCGCGGCGCAGCGGCUCUUCUUCACCAUCGACGAGGCCUGCUUCCUGAUCGUGUGGGACGCGGCCACGCUCGCCGCCGUGCAGACGGUCAACUGCCGGGAGUGCGCGCCGCGCAUCGUCGCCUGCCUGCCCUCCCUCGGCCGCGUCUGCGUCGCCGGCCGGCGCCUGAACUUCUACGAGGGCAACGGGCUGGCGGCCGCCUUCAUGGGCGUGGCCCCCACGAAGGAGCAGCUCGCGAAGGCGCAGAGCCUGCAGGAGGAGGGCUCCAGCGCCCUCCGCGCGGCGCGCCCGCGCUGGUGCGGGCUCUCCGCCCUCCGGGGCCACGUGCUGUCGGUGACGGAGGCGGAGGCCUGCCCCGCGCGCUCGCGGCCGAUCUUCCUCGUCGGCGAGGGCGAGACGAUCAGCGCCUUCGUCGCCAGCGAAGAGCUGUCCGUGGCCGCCGUGGGCACGUCCAGCGGGGCCAUCCACUUCCUCAAGUACCGGAGUGGGUUCCCGCUGAAGGUCUACCCAGGGCGCCGCGAGGAUGCCGCGGGGCGCCGCGAGGGCGCCGAGGACUUCGCCGCCGCCGCGGGGACUGCGCCCGCGGCCGCGCCCGCGGCCGCGCCCGCGCCCGCGGGGGAGCCCGAGCGCGGCGUAGCCCCAGCCCUGUCCGACGACCCGGAGGACCCGCCGGAGCUGCCCGAGGAGGUCAUGGACUACCCCGGGCACCCGAGGCUCCGCGGGAAGCUGGUGGAGCACCUGAAGGAGGCGCGCUGCAUCAUCUACGUCGUGGACUCCGAGAACAAGGCUCAGCUCAAGGACGUCGCCGAGCAUCUGUGA